UCCUCGAGUUAGCCAGCAAUUCCAGGUUAACCAAAACACACAAAAAUCAAUCAUUUAAUCUCGUUAAAAAACAAAAGAAUCUUUUAUUAUAUGAGUUUGAUUCCAACCAAAUCACUCUCUUCUACAUCUGUUUUUAUUAGCCCCUUUUCCUUAAUCACAACAAUUAUAUUAAUAAACCCUUGAUUUAUUUUUAAUUUAUUUAUUUUCGUUAACAAAAACAAAUCCCAAAUGAAUUGAAAUUCUCUCUUCUACACUAUUUCCUCCUUUUCUUCUUCUUCCUCUUUCUUCCGUACAAUCCUUAAUUUUCUACUCUCUUUCUUUUUCUCUCUCCUCCAAAAACUUUGUGAAUUUCCCUCACUUUUUCCCACCCCUUUUCAAUUUUCUCCCUAAUUCAUCGAUUUUUUCUGCAAAUUUGCAAAACCCCAUUUCAAGAAAUCAAGAAAUUUGACAUCUUUAUCAUCUGGGUAUUCGAUUUUAUGGCGGGAAAUCGAGUUUUUGGGUGAUUAUAAAGUGGGAAUUUGUCGAAAUUUGUAUUGAAUUUGGUGGGAAUGGCAGCAAGUGCAAACCCAUCUGGGAAUCAACACCACCAAGAACAAUCCUCUUUCAAUGGUGGUGGUCCCGCUGUAUCCACAAGUAAUGGGAAUUCGGGUCCGGGUCAUGAUAAUUCGGGUACGGGUUCUGCUAUGAAGCAUAAUCCUGGAAUUGCUACAGAUUGGACUGCUGAGGAGCAAACAAUCUUGGAAAAUGGACUCACCCGAUAUGCUUCAGUAUCAAGCAUUAUUCGCUAUGCUAAGGUUGCUAUUGAGCUUCCAAAUAAGACGGUCCGUGAUGUGGCACUACGUGCUCGAUGGAUGAAUAAAAAGGAGAUGAGCAAGAGAAGAAAAGAUGAUCAUUCGCGGAAAAACAAAGAUAAAAGGGAGAAAGUCACUGAAUCUUCGUCAAAGUCAUCUCAGUUGCAUGCAUCAAGGCCUGGUGGUCAUACUUAUCCUGUGCCAGCAGUUCCAUUAGAUGAUGAAGAUGGUAUUUCUUACAAAGCAAUUGGUGGCCAUGUUGGGGAGCUACUUGAGCAAAAUAAACAGUUUUUCCAACAAAUAUCUAGCAACUUUACGUCGUUUCAGAUACAGGAGAACGUUACCCUCUUUCGCCAGGCGUAUGACAAUAUAAAAAAGCUCCUGAACAAUAAUGGCAACGUGGACGACACUCCAGAAAUAAUGAGACAAAUGCCUCAAUUGCCGGUGAAGCUGAAUGAAGAACUUACAAUGGCCAUCAUCCCUGCUUCGAAUCACUCAAAGCACUCAUGAUUGUUUAUCAGCUCGACAAAAGUAGCCAGUUAAACCAGUUAGCAGAUUACAUCAUCUUCCAGCCCCAGUGAAGGGAAAAUAGGAAGCAAGCUAGCAAAUCAAGUAGAUGCUUUCUUCUGUUCAUUACAAUUUUACAAAUGUGAAAAUUUAUAAGAUUUUAGUUUUUUAUUUAUUUUUUUAAUUCUUCUUCUUUACAACUUUCAUUCUCAGUUUACAUAGUUUGUGUAGUUGCCAAUAGUAAUAUUAUUGGAUAUUCUUGGAAGUUAGAAACUAGUAUAAUAAUAAAUUAUCAUGUAGGUCAAUUUUUAGCCUAUUAUGUAAUGUUAAUUUUUUUUGGUAAUUGUCUAUUUUGAAAUGUUAAUAAGCAUUAUUUUUCAGUCC